AUGGCCGGUUACGAAAUGGAUGCGGCGCCGGAGCAACUCUUCAUGAACACCUUCAUUGACAACUUGCGCAGCGAAAAGACCAGCUGUGUUAUCUAUCCUGUAUGCACUGUUUGGACAUCUGUCACUGUCUUGGAAUCUGCUUCAGCCGACCCAGAUGGCGAUGAGAUGGAGACGGACACCUUGACCACGACUGAGUUCCGCACCUUAAGUAUAACUUAUAUGGCAACAACCACCAGGAGGAUCAUAUCCACAACCAUGGCCACGGAAACGGCAACAAUGAUGGCAACAACGAUGGCGACGACCACGGCAACGACGACCUCAGUCUCUACUAAAACAGUCACUGCGUCCGGGCCUCCAGGACACAAAGCAUGCGAGUCUGGCCGCACCAUGGGUGGACAACGCCUGAUCGACGUGGACUCAGACUAUUACACAAAGUGGAUGAAUUUCAUCAUGCGUAACCAGCCGAACUCAGCGCACAAGGCCGAAGAUGACAUGGGGUUCAAGAAGCUGGCGAUAUCAUCAAUGUGGCGGUGUGGUGACAAUGGCUGGAUUGCGUUCGAGAAUUACUGUGAAAAAGGGUGGACUCUUAGCGACGAUGGGAAGUCUGAUCGCUGUAACGCCCCGGCACCAAGUGUGUCAAAGUCGGUCUAG